CCAGAAUGGUUUCAUGCCCAUCCCAGGUGCCCCUGGUGCACACGCCGGCCAUCCCUCCAAGGAGCGGAGAACACGUGUGAAGGAACAGCACGGAACCUGUAAUGUCCACCCGUAACAUCCCAGGGAAGGAGUGAAACAUCUCAUUGGUCGUCUACAGCAGCUCCACUUGGCUUAGAAGAAAGAUGGUUGGACUCAAGCCCUCGGAGGUUCCCCCCACGCUCAUGGUGAAAUUUGUGGGUGCUGGGGUGGCGGCCUGUAUCGCGGAUUUGGUAACUUUCCCCUUAGACACGGCAAAAGUCCGGCUGCAGAUCCAAGGGGAGGGUCUGGCCGAGACUGGAGUCCGCAUCGUCCAGUACAAGGGUGUGAUGGGGACUAUUACCACCAUGGUGAGGAUGGAGGGGGCGGCUAGUCUCUACAACGGGCUGGUGGCCGGGCUGCAGCGACAGAUGACCUUCGCCUCCAUCCGGAUUGGGAUGUACGACUCCGUGAAACAGUUUUACUGCCGGCAGACCGAAAAUUCGGGGGUGACGUGCCGACUCCUCGCUGGAUCUACAACCGGGGCCCUGGCCGUCACCUGCGCUCAGCCAACAGAUGUGGUAAAAGUGAGGUUCCAGGCUGACGUCAGAGUCAUAGAUGGAAACAGAAGGUAUAAUGGGACGGUGGACGCCUAUAGGACCAUCGCCAGGGAGGAGGGAGUCCGAGGACUGUGGAAAGGUACUGUACCCAACAUUACCCGCAACGCCAUCGUAAACUGCGCAGAACUAGUGACCUACGACCUGAUCAAAGAGGCCAUCCUUAACCGCCAGCUGAUGACAGAUAACCUUCCGUGUCAUUUCGUGGCUGCAUUUGGUGCUGGUUUCUGUACGACAAUUGUGGCCUCUCCGGUGGAUGUAGUGAAGACCCGAUACAUGAACUCUGCAGCUGGCCAAUACAAGAAUGCAUUGAACUGCGCCUUCACCAUGCUGGUUAACGAGGGCAGACUGUCAUUUUACAAGGGGUUUGUCCCGGCGUUCCUCAGACUCGGCUCCUGGAAUAUCGUCAUGUUCGUCAGCUACGAGCAGCUGAAGAGAGCUAUGAUGAUGGUCAAUGGCUCCUUAGAAGACCCCCACUAAAGAGCGGUCACAUUUAGGGGUCAAAAUACUUCCCGGUGACCAGGUUAAGCCACUUGCCUCUUGUUGAGAGGGUCAAAGGUCAUGCCUUCUGGAUGCCAACCUACCCUUGCCUAUAGACAUGCGGCAGCCAUGUAGAGGGGGGAGCCGGCGUGAGCCUGGAGGAUUACAUGGAGGCGGAUUGUAUCUCAUAGUGUUGCCGUGCCAAUAUCUGACUGUAAAUUGCUUCGUUAGCACUUAAUUUGAACUUUAAAGGUGCCACGCCUUGUGCCAUCUGGGUAUAAAACAGGGCAAGGUGCAAGAGGACAGAGAGCAGAUCAGGACUUUGAAAUCUACAGUACAUAUCUGUACGUUUAGUGAAAAACAUUUCCCUGUGCCAGGAGGCUGGCCAUAAAUGAUGAAUGGCGCCCAGCGGGAGGAGGGUGGUACUGCUGCCCCUAAGGUCCAUUGCAAUCAUAAGGCCCCACCACUAGAGGACCAGCGGUAGGCCCCUAUCAGAACCACUGACUACUGGCACUGUGCCCGCUGUGCCCCCAUCACUGUACUCUGGAGAAUUUUAGGGAACAAGAUGGAUGAACCAACAGGUCACAAUGGUAAAAAUCUAAUCGCUGGAUGACUGUGUCUUAAAGGGGUAUUACACCAACUGGUGAAAUCCUUCACAACGACCAAUACCAGGAGACCCGAUGAGGACGCCCGACGUUCAGGAUCCAUUCCAUGUUACCGCACCAUCCAUGUGUCAUGUUUACUGCA